CCAAUCCUCUCAUACACUCAGAUCUAGAUUCUAUUCUUUAUUUUUAGUUUUACAGUUCUACUUCUAUACUAUAAAGUAAUUAAUCUAGAUACUUGAUCUUCUUUAUACAUAGUUAAUUAUACAGAGGUCGUUCACAAAUUGAGGGGAAUUGGAUUCCAAGAAUCAGAAAGAGCCAAUUAAGGGUGUGAAAUGUGCCACACUCCAUUUGAAGUAGUUGCUGUAGUGCUUUUUGUUGGGCACAAAGUAGAAGAAGUUCAGUGGGAGAAGGAGCGAUAACAGGACACAAGUACAACUUACAUACCAUUUUAGAUACUGUUCUUCAAGGAAUAGAAGGUUCAGAGCAUUCAUAACAAGAUGGCCAGCAGCGGCAAUAAUAAUAAAAUUCUGAGAGAAACAAAGUCUAUGUCAGCGGCCGAGACAACGGCCGCGGCAGCGGUGGAGGCAGUGUCGUCCGUGAAAUGCUACUGCUGCGGGCUGACGGAGGAGUGCACGCCGCGCUACAUCGACCGCGUGCGGGAGAGGUACGAAGGUCGGUGGAUAUGUGGACUGUGCGCGGAGGCGGUUAAGGAAGAAACGUUGAAGUCUCGGAGGGACAUUAGCACCGAUGAGGCGCUGAAGCGCCACGUAAGCUUCUUCCAAGAAUUCAGGUCUUCGAGUUCGAGUUCGGGCCCUCAGGAUUUGAUCCUUGCAAUGAAGCAACUCCUUCUGAGGUCUCUGGAUUCAUCUUCUUCUUCUUCGUCGCCGAGAAGUAGUGGCGGUGGAAGAAGACUUGGGAGAUCUCAGAGUUGUUUUUCGAGCGUGAAUAGUGGACCAACCUCGCAGCCAAAUCCACACUCUCAGAAUAGGAUUGUACAUGGUAGAGACAUUAGAGAGGUAUUGACCACUGAAUAAUCAUAAUUAGGUCUUUUCUAGUUUGUGACAUUUACAUCAUCGUCAUGAUUUUGAUAUCAAUCUCUGUUUUACUUUUAAUUUGAUUAUCUUUCUCGGUUUGAUUUGAUUUCGCUCUCUCUUCAAUUGUUCAGCUUAUGAAUUUACACCUUAAAUUGUGCAAUCAUAUUUAUUAUCUUUCUUUCAAUCAUGGA